CGUCCAAGAGCGCCCACUCUUCCUAGGAAACGGUCAGUUGGUGAUACGGACGGACGGGAGCAUUUGACGGGUUUGACCUCGCUCUGCUCUGCACUCCACGCCGUUGCUGCCGGGGAAAUGGAGAAGAUUGCCCCGAGAAGCAGGAGUGUCCUCCACAGGCGGCUGCAUUCUGCUCGUGCGCAACAUGGUGCUUUUGCUUUCAGGCAGCGCUUAUCAUUCUCUUCGUGCAGUCCCCGUCUCGCCAACAAGCAGUUGCCGAAGCCGGGGGACAGGUUCAAGCUGCCAGGGGCGUCAUGUCGUACCCGCUUCGCACCUUCACCAACAGGGUACCUGCAUCUAGGGUCUUUGCGAACGGCCCUGUUCAACUACCUCUUGGCCAGGGCCACGGGUGGUCGGUUUGUCUUGCGCAUCGAAGACACAGACCAGACUCGCCGCGUAGCAGAUGCGGAAGAGAAGCUGUAUCAGGACCUGAGAUGGGUCGGACUGUCAUGGGAUGAAGGCCCUGAUCGCGAGGGGCCAUAUGGUCCUUAUAGACAAUCGGAAAGGCUGCCUCUGUACAAAGAGCACGCCGAUGAGCUCCUUCGCGAAGGUAAGGCGUAUAGGUGCUUCUGCUCGCCCGAGGAGCUGGAGCAGCACAAAAGGACGGCCCACGAGUCCGGGCAACCGACCCUUUAUCCGGGCACAUGCCGGAAUCUCUCGCUUGAUGAGUCGGAUGAGCGUGCCCAUAACGGAGAGCCGUUCGCCAUCCGGUUCAAGAGCUCCGAGGCACCGCCAUUGGUCAAGGACAUCGUCUACAGGCGCUUCCAAAACAAAUACCCCGAGGACGACUACGUUAUCAUAAAGCGUGACGGUUUCCCGACGUAUCACUUUGCCAAUGUCGUUGACGACCGUCAUAUGAAGAUCACCCACGUCGUCCGGGGAGCUGAAUGGCUCAUUUCGACUCCGAAACACGUCGACCUGUACAACGCGUUCGGAUGGGAGCCGCCUCAGUUCGCCCACCUCGGCCUGCUUGUGGACGAGAAACGGCAGAAGCUGAGCAAACGGGACAACUCGGCCAACAUCGCCUGGUACCGAGAGCAGCUCUUUCUCCCCUCCGCCCUCCUAAACUUCACCGUCUUGCUGGGCUCCCGUGGCAAAGGGGGAAGCGAUAUCAUGACCCUGCAGGACAUGGUCGACAACUUCUCGCUCAAAUUCAGCAAGGGCGACAUCGUAGUACCCACGUCGAAGAUACCCUUCCUGCAAGGCAAGCAUGUCGAGCGCCUCGUACGAGAAGGCGAAGACCAGACCUCUGCCGGGCCUCUCAUCAAAGCCUGUAUCGUCGACCCCAUCAAAGCCCAGAUCGAUGCCGUCGAGAAGGCCAAGGAUGAGGGCCUCACGAUGGCCCCCGGCGGCAUCGAAACGGCAUACAUCGGCAGACAGCUUCCCACCAUCCACCUCCUAGAGGAGCGUUUCCACAAGGACCUGGUAGACACGCUGGGCUUCUUGGCGCCCGGGCCCGAAACCCCGAAAGAACGCAUCGAACGCAGCGUGUCCAAGCUAAGGUACUUUUUCUGGGAGAUUCCGGAACGCGUGCUCGAGAUCAUCCUCCGAGAAAAGGGCCCCGUCGAGCCCGUCAUCCCGCGCAACGAGCCCGGCAAGGUGGGCGAAGCGUUAGCGUGCAUGACGGAGAAGAUCCGCGCCGUGGACGAGAGCGACUGGAACCGCGAUGUUCUGGGCAAGCUCCUGUCGGAGAUGACCCAGGGGGACAAGAAGGAGUGGGAACGACGGUUCGGCCGCGCGGACGAAGCACUUGAUGUGCGAUCGCUCGUGUACAAGACCAUCCGGUGGGCGCUGCAGGGCAUGCAGAAGGGCCCGCCCAUCCCGCCCAUCAUGGAGAUACUGGGCAGGGAGGAGACGCUCAGGAGACUCGAGGCUGCGAAGCUUGUUGCCGAGGGAUUGGCUGCGCAGGUGGAUGGGACAGCCGCUACGCAAAGCGCUGCCUCCGUCGGCGGCCUAGAGAGUGGUCAGAUCUAGGAGCAAAAGCAGCCCUUAAGCCGUGGUUCCCUCUCUGGGAGUGUGUAAAACAGUGUAAAACAAGGAGUUCUGUUAGACUAGACGCAUGUACAAUGCAUGUACAAUACCAACGCCAAGGAAGCA